AUGGCUUCAGCCACGCGCAUCGUCAUCAGGGCAGAAGACACGGGCCUGUGGAAGGGCAAGCAGGACGAGGAGACGGCGGCAAAGGUGUCGUCGCUGCUGCAGGCCGACCUGGAGCUCCUCGCGCUCUACGGCACCGGCGCCCCGCCCUCGGCCAUCCAGGCCGCCUUUGACGCCAACCGGGCCUACCAGCUCGGGCGCAUGCCCGCGCGGCGCCACGUCGUCGCCGAGCUGCAGGCCGACUGGGCCGGCCACGCGCACAAGUACCUCGGCCGCGGCGCCCACUACUCCGACUUCCUGCGCUUCUUCCAGGACGAGAUGGACCGGCGCGGCUGGGAGGCCGUCGUCGGCGAGUUCCUGUGCUCCGGGGGGGACGGGGCCGGGCCCGCGCGCCACAUGGUGCAGCGGCUCUUCGCGGGCCUCGCCCACCCCAUGAUCCAGCUCGGCUUCGGCCUCGAGUGGGAGCAGCCGGCCAUCAUGGCGCAGGGCCUCGCCCAGGCCGCCGUGCACAGGAACGCCCUGGGCGACUUUUUCGACCGCGUCGACGAGGCCGCGCGGGGCCGGGGCGGGCAGCCCCCGCGCGCCAUCUCCGACAUUUGCGAGGCCCUGCGUGCCGAGAACGGCAAGUUGGCAGGCGCGGCCGAGUGGCGCGACGGCGGCCAGGGCCUGUACGCCGGCGUGCUGGGCCGCGCGCUGGACGACGCCGUUGCGCUGUGCGCAGAGGUGCGCGUCCGUGAGCACGACUUUGAGGAGCGCGUGGCCGAGGUGCUGCACCACGGCGCGUACGUCGCGGCCAGCGCGUCGUGGAAGCCGCCUCAUAUCCCCAAAUACGACUUUUACCUCAUACACGCCCUCAACGCGUCCGUGUUCCUGCUCGCCCUCGACAGGCCGUGCUUCCCAAUGGCCGCGCGGAUCCGCAUCCUCGAGCACAAGAUGCGCUACGACGUGCUGCAGUACAUUGCGCGGGGGGCGCCGCGGCUCUCGCCCUCGCACAUUGCCAACUACGAGGCCCCGGGGGAGCGGCAGGUCUCCCGGCCCGAGGACCUGCUGCCGCGGUACCACGGCGUCGCCGACGACGGGCACGCCAUCAAGGUGGCCCGGUCGCUGCUCCUCGCGCAGCGGCUGUCGCGCGAGUGGGAGGGCAGAGGCUGGCUCAGGCUCCGCGGCGACAACGACUGGCUCAAGGCGCACUACAUGCUGCUCAGGAGCGUCGAGGGCCAGGAUCCCCUCUGGGUCCGCGGCGCCGGCUUCGACCAGGCGUGGGAGGGCAUUCCCGCGCUGUCGUAA